GCUGCCAUGGCGGGCGAGUACCGGCUGCUGCUGGAGAACGCCCGGCAGCUGGUGCUGGUGUGCGGCCGGGGCGAGAAGUACCUGCUGCAGGCGGGCAUGGCGAGCCUGGCCGUGCUCCAAAACGCCAGCCUGGUGGUGGGACAAGAUGGUUAUAUAAAAGCUGUGGGCCAGGCAGAUGUUAUUCGCAAUCAGUUUUCAGGAGCAACAUUUGAACGAAAAAUUGACUGCACUGGGAAAUGCAUAUUGCCGGGCCUGGUAGAUGCACAUACGCAUCCAGUGUGGGCUGGUGAUAGGGUUCAUGAGUUUGCAAUGAAGCUGGCAGGUGCUUCCUAUAUGGAAAUCCACCAGGCUGGAGGAGGCAUACAUUUUACUGUGGAACACACUCGGAAAGCCACAGAAGAAGAGCUGUUCAAUACUUUCAAACACCGACUUGAACGCAUGCACAGAGCAGGAUCUACUUUGGUUGAGUGCAAGAGUGGAUACGGCUUAAAUUUAGAAACAGAACUUAAAAUGCUUAGAGUGAUUGAACGUGCCAAGCAAUCCAUGGAUAUUGGCAUUUCAUCAACGUACUGUGGAGCUCAUUCCGUGCCAAAAGGGAAAACUGCUACUGAAGCCGCAGAUGACAUUAUCAAUAACCAUCUCCCUAAACUGAAAGAACUCAAACUAAGUGGUGAAAUACAUGUUAACAAUAUAGAUGUGUUCUGUGAGAAGGGAGUCUUUGAUCUGGAUUCUACUAGGAGAAUUCUUCAAGCUGGAAAAGAUAUAGGGUUACAGAUUAACUUCCAUGGUGAUGAACUCCAUCCGAUGAAAUCUGCUGAGCUUGGAGCUGAACUAGGAGCCCAGGCUAUCAGCCACCUAGAAGAAGUUAGUGAUGAAGGCAUUGCAGCAAUAGCAAGAGCUAAGUGUGCAGCUGUCCUUUUGCCAACUACUGCCUACAUGCUAAGACUGAAGCAACCUCAAGCUAGAAAAAUGUUAAAUGAAGGAGUUAUAGUUGCUCUUGGCAGUGAUUUUAAUCCUAAUGCAUACUGUUUUUCAAUGCCUAUGGUGAUGCAUCUGGCCUGUGUAAACAUGAAGAUGUCAAUGAAUGAAGCGCUAGCAGCUGCCACCAUUAAUGCAGCGUAUGCUCUGGGAAAAUCAGACACUCAUGGCUCCAUAGAGAUCGGCAAGCAGGGGGACCUUGUUAUUAUAAAUUCAUCAAGGACCAGGCAAAGGAGCGCUGUUACUGACUCCAGCCAAGUGACCAUAGCGAGGGGCAUCCCCGGAGCGGAGCUGCGGCGUGCCCCUAAGGACAGAGCACACAGCCCCCGCCAGACGCCAACACUCGCCUUCUGCUCCACGAGCAGCCUGUGAGCCGCUUCGAUGUCCGGGGCCAUGAAGCGGUCCUUCAUCCAAGGCCUGCAACGAGACCCAGUGAGAACACUGGCCAAACAUUAACCACCAGCGGCAGCGGGUCUCCAAAGCAGCAGGUGACCUCUGCCUGUCGCAUUUAUCUGAUCUUACCUCACAACUGAGCGCACGAGGUCGUAGACCUUCUCCAAUGGCGUUGUCGUCCUCAGAGGGCGUAGGAAUUCGAUGCCCUGGCAGGCAGCAAGCAGCUCGAUAGCCAGAACUAGGGAAUCACAACAGCAGAGGAGAUAUUCAGCAGGUGCAGCUCAGGGCAAGGCUUCCUUGAUGAAACUAGCCUUGGCAUUCGGUCUAGCUGGUAUGACAUUGCUUCAGGUAAUACAAAAAGAACAGUGGAUCCACGGACCACUGAGAUGCAGCCCAGAAGCAGAUCAUUUUAUGGGUCAUCCAGCAUUUUAGAAAGCAGUUUUGGGGUGGUCUGCCAUGCAGACUUUUCAGUAUGGCAGGAACUCCUAGUUACCACAGUCUUAUACCAUAAUCUCUUCCAGGGUGUCUUGAAUACCCAAGGUAAUGGGCAUCAUAAAUUAGAAAACUUUUUAGGGCUGAGAUGAACAAAGAGGCCUGAGCUGUAGAAGGGUUCUGCUUAUGAAACUUUGAAGGAGAUUAUUCUUUCUGGAGAAGUUUGCACCUUAUCUGCCCACCUCAGACCUGAUGAUUAUUGGCAUUAGUUCCUCAGUCUCACAAGCCAACUCACCAAAGGAGCUGGCUAAAUCAGCUGGAUCUAGAAUAUGUUGUUUCUCAACACAAUGUUGAAAUGUGUUGUUUCUCAGACCCACUAGUCUGCACGUGAAGAAUGCAGUUCCAUAAAACUAAGUCUUUAGAGCACUCACAUGUAUAAACUCAAGUGGGAAAAUGAGUUUAAUGUUUGUGUCCUAUGUAUUACUCUGUUCUUCCACUAACAGCUGACAUCUGUAUCUAAGCACAUCAUCUGC